AUGCAAAAAGGCAAGGUUAUACUUAUUCCAGGAUUGCCUGGAUGGGGGCUGACAAAUGGAUACUGGGAAAGUGCUUUAGAUACUUCUAUUUGUCCAGGAAAUCUCUCAAUAUUGACUGCUAAUCCCAGUCCGGUAGCUUCUCAUCAUGACAGAGCAUGUGAAGUGUUCGCACAACUUACCGGUACAGUUGUAGAUUAUGGACAGGAACAUUCCAAGAGUUUCAAACAUUCUAGAUGGGGUAAUGAUUACAGCGGAAAGUCAGCACUCUUUCCCGAAUGGGGAAGUUCAAGUCCUGUUCAUUUUAUAUGCCAUUCUGGAGCUGUGAAUACCGUCAGAGUGCUUCAGAAACUUCUCGAAAUUGAUUUCUGGAACAGGAGAACCAGCGCGGAAUGGAUUCUGUCAGUUACUUCGAUCAAUGGCGCACUUAACGAAAGCGCCCUUUCUGAAGUUAUUAAUCGAGAAGUGAUUCACUUGGUAAGCAGAAAUUUCUUCUGCGAACAGUGCAAAAAUCAAGGUUGUUCCUUCUGCCUUGGGAUAAGAGUUCAAAAAGCGGCGAAAAUACUUUGUCGAUCUGUUAUAUGGGCAGCGACGUCAAAAUUAAAACUAGACUUGGAUCAGAUACGUCUAGCAUUGAAUUGGCCUACAGAUCACUGGAUACAUGAUGAUAGCGACGACAAAGAAUCAAUAUCGAAUGAAGGAGUUGUAAACAGGCUUAAGUCGAGCUUAAAAUGUGAAGGUAUUAACAAACUCGAAGAAUUUUUCAGUUCCUCAUCAACAGCUGGUCAUCCUUUAGAACGCUCACCGAAUGCGACCACGUCGUCUACUCUUUGCAUCCCACCGGAAAUGUCUCCGAUCUUAUGGCCAUUUUCUGCCAUUCUUCUGGACAAAAACAGAAGUGAAAGACUGGAAGAAAGUACUAAGAUUGUUAUUCAAAAGAUUCAGUCUAUUAGUGAUAGCGUAGAUCCCAUCAGAGACAAUGACGGCAUGGUCACAGUAAUAAAUCAGUGUGUACCACGGGGAGCUGAGUCAUUAGUCGAAGUGUUCCCUGAAAAAGCUGGUUGGACGUCGAAAAAUGCAAACUUACGACCAGGAGUAUGGUAUAUUGAUAUCGUUAACAAAUGGAUAGACGAAACAGGAGAAGUUGCCUGCAGAUCAGAGGCAGGUUGUGAAAGUACAGGCGUGGAUGUUGUUUCCGGAAAUCAGAAGCGCAAAAUUUUAUGGGAUCAUUUCGAUGCCUGCUGGUCGAGAACUUUGCUUAAACCACCUCAAGAUCAAGUACCUCUUGAUUUUCAAAGGUCACUUUAUCGUAAUUUAUUUUUAUACAUUUCUUCUGUACAAAUGCUUUUUGAGAGCUCACUCAAGUAA